GGUGUCAGAGUUGACCGGCAGGGUUGUCAUGUCUUUGUUGCCUCUGUAGCAUUUUAAUUUUGUGGGUAGAAGUGCGACGUAGAUGGAAAAAUAACAGUUAUCUUCGGAGAAGAAACUCGCUGUAAUCUUGACCCCCAAAAGUUAAAACCACCCGUAAGAUGGAAGAAAAGCUGAAUGGAUCACUGCCUGUUGUCUCCCCGGAGUAUCUUCAUCAGUGGGUCCAGUCUGCCCGGCAGUUUCAGGCUCUCCAGGCCCAAUAUUCAAACUUCGACCCGAACCAUCAGUUUCACUACCCAGAGAAUCAGCCUGGAGAGGCAGCCAUGGCGAACAUGGCUAAUCCAGAACCCGAGAUGGAUCAGAUGGAGCCGGCCAACUUGACAAAACCCCCACCUAAAAAGAGAGGCAGAGCAGCACAACCUAAGGAACCGCAGGCACCCAAACCACCAAAAGUCCCAAAGGCACCAAAGGCGCCAAAGCCACCCAAGCCACCAAAAGUGCCGAAGGCACCAAAGCCUCCGAAAGACCCAAACGCACCUAAAGCAAAACCAGGACCGAAGCCCAAGAAGGGUGCAGAGGCUCAGGCUGACGGCAAACAGGAGAAGAUUGAUGAGAGCUUCAAAAAGGUGAAGAGGAAAGUGGACCGCUUCAAAGGAAUGUCAGAGGAAGAGGUCAUGAAAAAGACUCUACCAGACCUGCUAGACUACAACCUGGACUAUGUCAUCAUUGGUAUCAAUCCUGGGUUGAUGGCAGCUUUCAUUGGACGAUGGUUUCCUGGUCCUGGAAAUCAUUUUUGGAAAUGCUUGUUUCUUUCUGGAUUUACUGAGGAGCAGCUGAACCACAUGCACGACACCACCCUUCCUGGAAAGUACAAAAUGGGCUUCACCAACAUGGUGGCCCGGGCUACACCGGGGAGCAAAGACCUCAGCAGUAAAGAGUUGCGUGAAGGCGGCAAAAUUCUUGUAGAGAAGCUGAAGAAGUACAGGCCUCUCAUUGCUGUGUUCAAUGGAAAAUGCAUCUAUGAAAUGUUCUGCAGAGAGCUGUUUGGCAAAAAGCCACAAAAACUUGAAUUUGGUCUGCAGCCACACAAAAUCCCCGACUGUGACGUGGCUCUGUAUCUGAUGCCUUCGUCCAGUGCUCGCUGUGCUCAGUUCCCUCGUGCUCAGGACAAAGUCCACUUCUACAUCAAACUGAGGGAGCUCAGAGAUCAGCUGAAGGGCGUCCGAAGAGUCACUGAGAUUGAGGAGGUUAACUACUCGUUUGACCUUAGUUUGGCUAAAGAGGAUGCUAAGAGGAUGGCAAUAAAGGAGGAGCAGUACGAUCCUGGUUAUGAAGAUGCCUAUGGCGGAGAAUAUGUAGCAAGAGGACCCGAAGGAGGCCAGACCGAAGGCCAGACCAACGGUCACUGUACAUUUUCAACUCCUGAAAACACAGAAGGAGCACAGGAGGCGAGCACGUCACAGACGGCAGAAGGCCAGCUCCCAGACGGACAGUGGAUGACCCAGUCCUUUGCAGAUCAGAUUCCAGACAUAAGUGGCGGACCAAAAGACGGCAGCAUAUGAUGACGAGGGCUCCAGACUUCAGCCAGCACAUUCAUUUACCUCUGUCCGUCGGGUUUUAUUUUUUUAUUUUUUUAUAGUGUCUGAGUGGAAUAUAAACACGUAGAUGGACUUUUUAGAAUUUUUGCAGGAUAUUCCUUCUGCACAUUCUUUUUUUGUGGUCUUGUAAACGCACGUGAUCAUCUUCAAGGCAGUCUUUUUAAAUAUGUGAAAUCAGGGACUUGACAAUGAUGCUUGACUGUCUUUGGAGGAGGUCAUGUAUUUAAACAUUUGUUUUGCUUUUGUACUGUACGCUACUGCACCGUGAUGCAGUAAGUGUAAACAUUCACGUCUACUGUUCACGCAGUAGAUGAAACUCCAGGUAUGUGACUGGUGCAGGGUGAGCCUGUGUGAUCCUCCGCUUGCAGUGAGGACUUAGCUAGCAUUAAUGUUUUACAUUCAUGGUGCUAUGAACUAAUGAUACAAAGCAAUCGCUUGAAUAAAAAUCCAACUCAUCACGAACGUCAGAGAGCACUUCUGACAAGCCUUUCAAUACAAUGUUACAGAACUCAAAAUGGGUUUAUUUUAAACUCUAUCUUUUGCUGUUGUUGUUUUAUUGUUUUAGGAGUUUUAGAAUAAUCUUCUACGUUUAUGAAAAUGUCAUUCACAAGGAAUUUUAUGAAACGUUUGUCAAUUAAAAUGUCCUGAUGAUGCUUUUUCUAAA